AUGACACGUUUUGCGCGUGCUAAAGGAUCGAAAGCUUCUAACCUAAAAGAUCCAGAAGAUAGUACACCAUGGGAAGUGAUGAAAGAACAAAUGGUAAAGGCGAAAGCAGAUAACGAAGAAUCAAUAAAACGCAAAGAGGCUGAACAGCAAAGGAUUGACAAUUAUGAAAACUUUCUAAAAGAACGUAAGGUGGAAAAACGCAAGGUAGAGUGGUGUGACUUUCCUGAAACUGUAUCAGCAAAGACACAAAACGAAAAUGCUUCACAAAAGGUAGAAAAGAAGAAAAAUAAAAGAAGCAACAAUGUUUUGGAAAAUCAUAAUGCACCUCAAGUUUUAUCUAAAAAAGUUAAGAAGAAUAAGGAGAAGAACAAAAAAAUACCUUCUGAGAAUGUAAUAUCUCAUGAUAUAAAUAAUGGCUCAGUUGAAGAAUUUAAAAAUUCUGAGAAAAAUGUAAUUACAUCAAACAAUUUAAAUAAAACCGAAAUUGUAGAAAAUACCAAAAAAAAGAAGAAUAAAAAAAAACAAAAUUUUAGUAGUAAAUCUAAUGUGGCACAAAGCCAAGAACUUAACCAGCAACCUGUAAAACCAUCAAAUGUGGAAUCUACAAAGAAAAAUAAAAAAUAUGGAGAUAAAGCUGUACGGAGAAAAGAAAUAACAGAAAAGAGUUUUAAACUUAUUAUAAAUGGCAAAGAUGUCGAAUUGGUAAGAUUUGAUGGAUUUCCUAUUAUGAAAAAAGAUGCUGAAAGGUUACAAGAACUUAAAAAUAGUAUGAUCAAAAAAGGUAUACCUAAAAGUGAAGUUCAAAGAACAAUUAAGUUGGAAAGGAGAAGGGCAGAGAAAGCUCUUGCAAGGGUUAAGAGAGAUGUUUGUUAUAAUUGCAGAAAAGGAGGGCAUAAUUUAUCAGACUGCCCUGACUUAAGAUCAAAUAUUCCAGGUGUUGAUUCAGCAGAUGGUGUUUGCUUUAAAUGUGGUUCAACUGAACACAGGCAGAAUGAGUGUAAAGUACAGAGAGAUAAGGAAUUCAGAUUUGCCACUUGUUUUAUUUGUAGAGAAACCGGUCAUCUAGCUAGGCAGUGCCCAGAUAAUCCAAAGGGUCUUUAUCCAAAUGGUGGUUGUUGUAAGUUAUGCGGUGAUGUCACACACUUGCGCAAGGAUUGUCCCACUGUGGCUGAGAAAAAAGAAAGCACUUCAAUAAAGUUGUCAACUCUUGAUGGUACAGAUAAUAUAGAAGAUAUUGGUCAAUCCACACUAACAUCAGUGCAAGAAACAAAAAAACCCAAGAAAAUAAAGUUCUAG